UUUUUGUUUACGUUUUUAUUAGCAAAGCAAGCAUUUUAUUUUUAUCCAUGAAGUUGUCUAACUAGCAAACCUAGCUUGAGCAACAAGCUUAAAACAAUCAAGAGUGAAUUAUUUUAGCAUUAUUGUAUACCUCUAUUAUUCAUGGUUUAUCAAGUUUUUACAAAGAUCUAAGAUGAGCCAUUUACAAUACGUUACUUCUAAUAACUUAUGUGAUUACUGCCAUAAAUCCUUGUCAGUAACUCCAGUCAAAGUAUAUCCAAACAGGAGAAUAAAAUGUGGCAGGUGUUCAACAAGCAACGACGAAGAAGAGGACAAUGGUGUAAAUUCCAUGUAUAAUCAAAUUGCUACCAGAAUUUUUUUCGAAUGCAUUAACAAGUUUGAUGGCUGUACAAAAUUAUUGCAAUCGUCGGAAGUAGUUAAACACGAAAAAACAUGUUUAUCUAAAACGUUCGUCUGUCCUAUUUGUUUGAAAGAAAUGUUUACCUUUUUAAUAAUUCCUCACUUUAAACUAAAUCACCCCGAAUCUUUAUUAGAAAAACCUAAUUUUCAAAUAACUGACUUAAAGAACAUAGAAAAAAUAUUUUUGUACCAAUUAGAAUCUGAUUUGCUUUUCGUAAACUUUCGCGAUACAUCCGAUUCGUUUGCGGAUGAUUUCAGGCGUUUUUCAUUAAAUGUUCGAUUACAUUUGGGAAAAAAAGAUUACAUUCAAAAUUUAAAAGUAGAUUUCUUCGAAAAAAAUAUUGAUAUUUUGGAUAAAACUAUUAAUACAAGUGGGAGCACAUCUGUUACAUAUAAUUUAAUGUUAAAUAUUACACAUGAGUCAAAGUUGCUGGUAAUGUUUCAUUUAAUUUGUGUUGAAUCAAAAAGUGUCGUAGUCAAGGUAGUAAAACAUAAAGUAAAUAAAAUUAAAGAAAAUACUAAUUUGAAAUUACUACAUCAAAAUAAUUCUGUUUCACAAGUAUUUCAUAAACAGCUUGGAGAAUAUUUAAAAACGCUUUUAUUUGAAAAGCGUGAUAUUUUUCCGAAUGAAAAAUUUAAAAAUGUAAUCUCAGAUUUAGUUAUUACUGAAAAAGCAACACUUUCAUUUACAAAAUCGAGGGAAAAAAUCACCAUUACAUUUGGUUGUCAUGUUUGUUCAUUACUUAACUAUUGGUGUAAUCAAUCAUUUGUGCAUUUGAUCGGACAUAAUGGUCAUUAUUAUAUAGAAUGUGUUGGAUGCGAUAAUUUAUAUAUUAAUAAACGCAAAAAUAUCGUUAAAAAAAAUUGUAUUACAUUAUUCGAAUUAACAAACAUUAUGUUUUUUUGCGUCUGGGAUUGUGGAACAUUUUGUAAUAUUGACGAGUUAUAUACACAUGAAAGAAAUUGUUUAAAGCAAAUUUGCCAGAAAUGUCCCGUUAAAUCAUGUUUUUAUUAUUUCAAGCUAUACGAAAUUGAAUAUCAUAUUAGAAAUGAACAUUCAUUGGUAAUGUCCCCACAAAUCAAUUGGAAUGAGAAGUUGAUAAUUGUACAUUUAGAUACUUCUAAAUCUGCUAAAGAGUAUAUUAUGUUAAUAUGGUACAUAUGCGUUCUUGUUAAAUUUAAAUGGGAAAAAGCAAAUUGGACAAUCAGUUUUACUUGUGAAUUACCAGGAACACAAAUAAAAGCUAGAAUAUUUGAUAAGAAUAAAAAAGCAAUAUCUACAAUAAUUGAAAGUGGUUCAAUUCCACAUAAUGAGGAAAUACUACUACAUCUACGUUGUUUAGUUACUAAUAAAGAAAAUUGAAAAUAUGUCUUGAACAAUAAAUGAAUUUGCAAAUAUAUAAAAAUCGUUUAUUUAGUCAAAAAACUAUUUUUUACAUGUCCAUAGGCGC